AUGGAUAGGAAGAUUGGUAUUGGAAAGAAUGGAAAGGCUGUGGAGGUCUUCAGGCCUACUUGUAUUCCGCGGAAUCAUUUUUACGAGACGGAAUUGUAUCAGCACGUGUGGCCUAAGUCCAUCGUUUUCAGACAAUUAUGCAAAUAUCCAGAGGGUUCCUUGCACUUGCACAAAGAUUGGAUUAAUGCUUUUCUCGAUGCGCAAAAUAUUGCUUUUAAAGAAACGAAUGCCAACUUUUUCCUGAAAGGUAUCGUAACAGCAUCUUUUGCGGAAGUGACUCAAAUUGUGAAGAAGUACAUGGGAGUGUCGACGCAAAUGUUAAAGUACGUUUCAUUUGGUCAUCAAGAAGAAUUAAAUUGGCCCUUUGAAGAAGGGAAACAGUUAAACGAGAAAUUUGACGAUAUAUUCCGAAAAACAAAGUUUAACAAAGCAUUGGAUAAUGUGAGGCAGUUGAUUCAAUCCCGGACGGAUGAUGUCAAGGUAAUGAAAGCUGAGAAAGAAAAAUUAUCUGUGCUUUACACCGAGGUCAAAGGGAGACAGGACUCUUUGAUAGCACUUGUUCAGAAGACAGAAGAUUAUGAUGAGAGAUUGAUCGAGAUUGACCAAGAAAGAUUUAAUAUUUUGUUAAGUGUUGAAAAACUUCAUAAGAAAGAGGCUGAUUAUAAUAGAAUGGUCGCCCGUGUUGUUAAGACGCAAAAAGAUUACGAUUUAGCUAAAAAAACUGCUGACCAUAUGAAAUACAGUAUAAGGGAGAUUUUGAAUGAUACAACGGAACAGCUGCAAAUAGAAUUUGAAGCUCAAGGUAAACUUCUUUCUGAAAGUAUCCCCAAUAUUGAUAAAUUGAAUGUGGAAUUAAAAACGCUGAUGAGUAAGGAGGAGGAGGUAAUGAAAGCCAUUGAAAACGAAAGUUUGGCAUUGGAAUUGUUGAAAAAAAACAUUCAAGAAAACGAUCAGAAAAUUUUAUCCAGAGAUAUGGGACUCAUCGACGCAAUGGCCCUCGUCAAUUUUGAAGUUUCAAUGGAUACAAUCACAGUGAAUGGGGUUGAUGGAUACAUACAAAUGUUGAAAGAACAGUUCGAGCAGUUCAAAAUUGAUUCUGAAGAAACUAAGCUGAGCAAAUUAUCGGAAGAGAAGGAUCUCCAGCAAAAAAUAGAUGCUUUGAGAGAUGCAAGGACUAGACUUGAUUGCCAAACAGGAGCGGUAGAACGUGAAUUGUUGGAUGUCAGGGAAGAAAUAAAACUUGCUGAAUCUGCAAUUGUACAGGAACAGUCUGACAAAGUGCAGUCAUUGAAAGAUGAUAUCGGCGUAUUAGCUUUUCGGGAAGCUGCCUACAAUAAUUAUUUGCAGACACUUACAGGCAAUGAUCCGCGUUGUUCACUAUGUGAACGCGGAUUCUCAGAUAGUCAAGAAGCGAGAAAUUUCUCUGAAAAAUUGAGACAUGAUAUUCAAUGUAUACCUGAUGCUAUGCGUGAAUGUCAAAGAAGAUUGAAUAUUGAACAGGAUAAUUAUAAUUCGCUUUUUCAACUGAGAUCUAUCGUUGAGAAAAUCCUGAAAUUGGAAAAAAGUGAAUUACCAGCAAUGAAACUAACCAUGGAGAGGCAAAGAUGUGAGUGUGACGACUUCAACAGAAGUAUUAAUGAAAUACUGUCUGACCUGAAAGAUCCACAAGAAGAGAUGCAAAUGUUGACGGUUGUUUGCCAAGACAUUGGAUUAUGGGAUCAAUGCUUUGAUGAUAUGAAUAGAUUUGAUGAACGAAUUGCAGAAAUUGAAAGUGCACUUUCGAGUAUAGGUGACGGACAAUUGUGCACGGAGCAACUGUACAUGAGUCCAUCUGUGCACAUCGGUGGAAGCACGUUGUUGGCCACAGGCACAACUAUGCACCAGGCCAGCUAUGCUCGUCUACAUUUUAACGUGCACAGAUGGGAGACUAUCAACUGA